UUUAUACACAACCUGGCAACACAGCACUUAACGUCAUAACGUCAUUGUUGUCAAUCUAUGCAAGCAGCGUUUCUAUUUCUAUUUCAAUUAAAACCGACUGAUUCCAUCCAAAUCAUGGCUGAAAAGCCGCCAGAAGAGGGUUAUAUAUCCGUCGUCGACGAGGAACCGGAGAUUUUCGAACUUUUAAAAUGGGAUGCGCCGCAAACUCAAAAGCAUCAUCAGAACCAUCACGCUGACCAUCGGGGUUUGGAGAAAGGAGUUUAUACUCAGUUGAAGGAUAAGUCUGAGCAGAUGAACCAGCAGAAGGCUCCAGAAGAGCCUGUAGUCCUGGAGAAGCGGUCAAAGCCGGCGGAAACUGACCCGUUCGACCUGCCUGACCCUACGUUUAUAGAGACGUAUAGACUGUCGAAGGACUUGGCACGCGGGUUGAUUGAGGAGUUGAAACCUGUGAUGCCGGAGUCUACGAAGUCUAUUGACUUCUCCGUGGAGAGCAAGGUUAUGGCAGCACUAGCAUUCUUCGCAACGGGCAAAUAUCAGAAGUCGAUCCACGGAAAGACGGACCCGAACAUAACUCAGUACUUUGUGUUAUCAGCCGUCACACAAGUCACGGAGGCGUUGAACAACCCGGCUUUAGUGAAGAAAUACAUACACUUCCCGCAUCUGAGAGCAGAGCGGGAUAAUCUUAAAGCUAGGUUCUACAUGAAAUAUGGAGUCCCAAAUGUCGUUGGCUGCAUAGAGUGUACCCACGUGCCUAUAGCGCGGCCUGACGUAGACCAGAAGAGUCAUUUCAACAAGUCAUACCACUCCAAGAAGGCCCAGAUUAUUUGUGAUAGUGACUUAAACAUCAUCAGUGUAGACGCGAUCCCAGGCGGGAUGCACUCGCACGACACUAUACUCAAUCAGCAUGCCGUCAAAAACGACCUGGAGAGCCUCAACAACUCGGGAGAGCAGUGCUGGCUUAUUGGUGGCCCACACUACUCCCAAAAGCCCUACAUCAUGACCCCCAUACCGAAGAUCACCAAGAAAUCCCCUGUCUCGCCCGAGAAGUACUACUCCACCAUACACACACAAACACACAGUGCUAUAAUAGAGGCUAUUAAACAACUCAAGAGCAGGUGGAAGUGUCUACAAGCUACUUGUAAUAAGCAGUACGAUCCUAAUACUGUGACCAACAUGAUAGUGGCAUGCUGUAUGCUCCACAACCUCUGCAACCGCCGAGGCCUCCCUGUCGCACCUCUCACACAAACAGAAGAACGACUAGAAGCUAUGAAACAGAAGGUUGCCAACAGUCCGGUGUCGAGAAAACAGGUUGAGGACCCGAAGGGAGUGCAAGCGAGACAGAUGCUGGUUGAUCAUCUAUGGAAUGAACGGAAGGUGACCCCAGACUGCGGCAAGAAACGCAAGAAGGCCGUCGAGGAGCGUCCCCCACAGCCUCAACCCACACACAUACUGCACCCCCAGCCGCACACACACACACAAACACACGCACACACGCAGCCACACCAGCCAAUCAUGCACGAACAUCAUCUACAUCAUGACGAUGUGAAUAAGAGGCCGAGGAUCGUUAUGAAUAAUCCCACUUAUGGCUUGGGGGUUACUUCUGGGUGGGGGCAUUUCCCGCCACACUAACUUGAGAACAGUUUUACCCCCUUAUAAACGUUUACUGAGCAGUUCUCAAAAAGUAUGUACAAAAAUUAAGGAAAAAAGUUAAAUUUGUUUUUUUUUUACUCCUAUUUUGUUACCAAGAUUUUUUUGAUGAAUUAAGAUUUUAGUAAGUCUUAUUUCG